CAACAAAACAUUUCUAAUAUAAAUGUUUCGAGAAUGAUCGAUCCACAGACGACCUAUUUGGCAUGCGCAGUAAGCGUCGGUCUUUUACUUCCGUUUUCGUGUGAUUUGGUCAGAAUUUCAAACAUUCCUUCAAAAUGGGUAAAAUUAAUGGUGGAACUGUGGUGGAAAUGCAGGGCGAUGAAAUGACAAGAAUCAUCUGGGACCUGAUUAAGGAAAAGUUGAUAUUUCCAUAUGUGGAUCUGGACAUUAAGUUCUAUGAUCUCUCAGUUGAGAGCAGAGAUGCCACAGAUGAUCAAAUCACCAUUGAUUGUGCCAACGCUAUCAAGAAAUACAACGUUGGUAUCAAAUGUGCCACCAUAACUCCAGAUGAGAAUAGAGUUGAAGAAUUCAAAUUAAAAAAGAUGUGGCGUUCACCUAACGGUACAAUCAGGAACAUCCUAGGGGGCACUGUUUUCCGCGAGGCCAUCAUCUGUAAGAACAUUCCACGAUUAGUUACCACAUGGACUAAACCUAUUAUCAUUGGACGUCACGCUCAUGCUGAUCAGUAUAAGGCGACAGACUUUGUUGUCCCUAGUGAAGGGAAACUUGAGAUCAAGUUCACACCCAAAGAUGGUGGGGAGCCAAUAGAAUACAAUGUUUACGACUUUGCUAAUGGUGGCGGUGUUGCAAUGGCAAUGUACAAUACUGAUAAGUCAAUUGAGGACUUUGCUCAUUGUUCGUUCCAACUUGGAUUAGAGAAAGGCUGGCCCUUGUAUCUCAGUACCAAGAACACUAUAUUGAAGAAAUAUGAUGGCAGGUUUAAAGACAUAUUCCAGGAAAUUUAUGAAAAACAAUAUAAAUCAAAAUUCGAGGAAAAGAAAAUCUGGUAUGAACAUCGAUUGAUUGAUGAUAUGGUUGCUCAGGCGAUGAAAUCCGAGGGAGGCUUUAUAUGGGCAUGCAAGAAUUACGACGGGGAUGUGCAGUCAGAUUCAGUCGCUCAGGGCUAUGGAUCCCUCGGUAUGAUGACCAGUGUAUUAGUGUGUCCAGAUGGCAAGACAGUAGAGGCUGAGGCUGCCCAUGGUACAGUGACCCGGCACUAUAGGUUCCAUCAACAGGGCAAAGAAACAUCAACCAACCCUAUAGCUUCAAUAUUUGCCUGGACUAGAGGUCUGGCCCAUCGAGCAAAACUUGAUAAUAAUCCAGCUUUAGCUACAUUCUCAACCAACCUUGAGGCCACAUGCAUAGAAACCAUAGAGGCAGGUUUCUUUACCAAGGAUCUAGCAAUCUGCAUUAAAGGCCUUGCCAAUACUGAAAGAAAGGAUUAUUUGAACACUUUUGAGUUCUUAGACAAACUAGCUGAAAACCUAGGGAAGAAGAUGGCACAAUGACUAUCCAACGCAAAGUUAUAGAACAGUCCUCGUAUUUCACGCAAUGUUAAAGAACACACCUCGUAUUUUAUACAAAGUUAUAGAACAAUCCUUGUAUUUCAUUGUAUUGUAUUCCACGCAAAGUUAUGCAACAUUCCUCAUAUUUCAUACAAAGUUAUAGAACAAUCCUCAUAUUUGACUCAAAGUUAAAGAAAACAGUACUUGUAUUUCACACUCAACAAAAUAUUGAUUAACUUGAAGCAACAUCGAAGUAAAUGUGGUAAUAUUCACAGAUGGGAAGUGUCCAAGAGUUUAUAAAAGACCCCACGAUGGUAUGUGCUUUGCUUCUGAUAUAUUGUUAAUUAAAUAUGUACAAGCACACGCUACAAUGACUUUGCAGGGGUCAUAGUCUCUUGUAUACUGCUUACGAUAUAAGGCACAUAUCAUGCCUCUGGUGAGUCGCUCAAGUUUACCAACCUGUUUUGUUUGGAUAGAAGAGAGUGAAGGGUUGAGGGUGGGGGCGGGGGGGAUGGUUGGAGACAUUGACACUAGAAUAGUAUGAUAUUUAUAAAUGCUAUAAAAUCUACUUAUGGUAUAAAUUUACAUAUACCUGUAUUUAAUUAUACAAUUUAUAGUCUUCCUUAUAGGAAUAUAGAAGCAAUUGUGUGAGAUUCAUUUAAUUUAAUAGUUUUAAUUUAUUCAUAAUUCUGACAUGCCAAUAUCACCAGUUUAAUAGCUAUGGAAUAUAUAUGAUUUAUUAUUAAUAUUUUUGGUUAGUUUAUCUGUUUAUACACAAAAAUCAAAAUCUUUCAUCAUAUACAGCUUGAAGAUACUAGAAAAAUAUUUUUUAGGUGCCAUUGGUAAAACAAUUUUCUGGUAUUUCUGUUUAGUGCAGAUUGUCUACGUCAAAAUUGUUCACCUUUAUAGAUUAUCUUUG